UCGACUACAUGUAGCUACUUUUCAUUUCGUAAGCAUCAUGGCGUCGUCCUUGCAGAACACGAUUCGGCAAAAAUUUGGAUUACAGUCUGUUGACGACACAUACAUGAAAAAAAUAGAUCUUUCAACAAAGGAUGGAGCGAAGUAUCUUGACGAGAACCAAAAGUAUUUUGUGAAGAAAGUAGAGAAAGCAAAUUUAGUGCGAUAUGCUCAGUCUCAAAAAACAAAGAAGCGAGGCGGAUACAUCGGACUGUUCCUGUUUUUCUCUGUUAUUGGAUUAUAUGCAGGAACCAUCCACAGUAUCAAACAAGAAAAAUUCUUGGAUGAAUUUGAAAACCCAGAACAAUCCUAGUGUUUCCUUUUCUUGUGUGAAAAGUGUUGGGUUGCUGCCUAUUGUGUCCUCUGUUUACUUGACUGCAAAGAAUAGGAAAGAAGUGUGGGUGGAUAUUGGCUUUGAAAUAUUAAUCAUGGAUUGAAGUACAAUUAUGUGGGCUACAAAAAAUGUUUGACUGAUCACAAGGAGAUGCUGAUCCCUAAAAAAAUCCCAAAGCCUUAUACGAAAGGAAUGCCACACUUCAUUCAGAUAUGUCUGCUGUAAUGGAUGGAUCAGUGAAUUUAACAGAAUAUUACUUGAUAUGUGGACAUAAAAAAAGGAGCAGUUGUGGCUUAAUAUAAGUUUCUGCGAACACAUGUUGUUACAGAUGUGGCUGUUGGAUGUUUUAAUUUAAUUAUAGCAUUAUAAUUAGCUGGUUUAUUAAUGUUUGCAGUACUAGGUUUUGUUCUUUAAUUCAUUGUACACUAUUUUUCAACACAGGUAAAUAUUUUGAAUGGUUAUGAUGUAAUGAAUAAUAAAACCUUGUUAAUAGUAUGAAAUGUUUUGUAUAUGAUGUAUGUCAGACAUUAAAGUCAUUCACUUGAA